AUCACAAAGCAAACGUCAUAAGUUUUGAAAGAUGGCGUAUUGUUCUCCUGUUUUAUUUAUCGAACUCUUGUGAAAUAUCUCAGUUUCUCCCCAUUCUCACUGCACAACGGUGUAGUUUGUUGAGCAGUGCAAGUUCUUGGCUAGCAGAAGAGCACUAUAAAGUGGUGGAAGAGUGUGUUUUCCGGGGGUGGUGGAGAGUACGUGGAUUGCAAGCAAAGUUGGGGGCUCUAAAAUGGCGGCCAAUGUUGACACUUGCCUGUGGUUGCACAACAAAUUGGGCACCUCCAACGCCAACGACAGCUGGACAAGUGGAUCCAUUUGCUCGCAGCUGAACAAGGAAGUGCUGAAGAACAUCAAGGACUGCUUCCCGGACCUACAGACGCAGGUGAAACUGAAGCUUCUGCUGAGUUUCUUCCACAUCCCACGGCGUCAUGUUGAGGAGUGGAAGAAGGAAUUGGAGGAGAUAAUUGAGGUUGCAGGGCUGGAUUCUGAGCUGUGGGUUUCAAUGAUUGCUGAAACAAUGAAAACAUUUCCCGCCACGGGAUCCCUUAAUACGGAAAUAUCGGAUUACGAUGAGACCCGCCCUAUUUUCACGGACAUGGUGAAUGAUUUGAAGAAGCUUGUGAAUAAGCACAGCGAUCUCUGUAUGCUGCCACUUGAGUGUCAGUAUCUCAACAAAGCUGCCCUCAUCUCUGUGGUUGGUCAGCAAUCGCCUCCUGUGAAGCAUUUUACACUGAAACGGAAACCCAAGAGUGUUCAAUUGCGCGCAGAGCUACUGCAGAAGUCUUCUGAUGCCCAGUCGACGCUGAAGAAGGCCAGUGCGCCAACAAUUCCACUCAGAUCUCGAGGAAUGCCAAGGAAAAUGACGGACACAACACCCCUCAAGGGGAUUCCAUCACGAAUGCCCACGAGUGGCUUUAGGUCACCGACAACGGGCUCGGGACUCAGUCGACCCAACAUGAGUCGUACUACGGCUGGCCGGAAAGAUGGGGGCAUCAAGUUGCUGGACAUUGCAGAGCAACCUCUGGGGUAUGCGGCGGCGAAGAAGAGAAAACGUCAAAUGGAAUUGGAGGAGCAGCAGAAGAAGGCUCAGGAGAUGGCUGCUGCUGCUGCUAGUGGUGCCUCCACGACCCCCACAACCACAGCGUCUUCCUCAACACCCGACUAUGCAGCUGGCCUAACAGCAUCGGCCAUUUACACACAGCCCGCAACCCCGGCAGCUUCGCUCACGGCCAGCGUGAAGGAGAAUACACCGUCUUCGCUAAACUCUGUCAAUUCAGCAUCUUCCGCAGCCUCCAAGGCAGCACCUUCCGUGAUCUCAUCGUCCCCCAUGACGGUUUCCGGAGGGGCAACGCCCAAGCACAAUGUGAUUGAGUCGAUGUACGAUGUGAAGCAGAUGGAUUGCAAGGUUGAGUCUCCCGUGGAGGAGUACGAGAUGGUGCCAUCGCCAGCAACGCCCAAAGCUCCCAAAAUGUCCACAAAAAUUCAAUCUCAGGUGCAGGGAAUGAUGAAGGUGGAGACCCCAUCGCAGAUUCCCAUGAUUGCACCCACGGUAGUUUCUUCCCCGCAAAUAAUCAGCCAGACCGUCAUAUCUUCCCCCAUGACGGUCAAUAUGCCCGCAUUGACGGUUUUCUCGAACCCCAACGCCAUUCAGGGGCAGCAGUUUAUGAAUCAGGAAAUGCCAACGAACGCCCAGACGGUUGUUGUGUCACAAACGCAGGCCUCAUCGACACCGCAGCAAUUCCACCAAAUAGCCCAAAUGCCAAAGAUCGUGCAAAUCAAGACGGCACCCACGAUCAUGAUGACACCGUCGAAUACAACCACCAUCCCUCCCUUGAUUCCCAGCCAGUCGCAUCAGAUUGUCAACUUGCAGAGUUUGCAGCAGCAACAGGAGGCGGCCAAGAAGGCUGUCAUCAUGUCCACGCACAUCACGACACCCACAUCGAAUGUUGUGACUCUCGUUGCGGGACCUCAGACCCAGGGGCAGACUCUCGGGCAGACGGCACAGAUUGUCACUGGGCAGGGUGGGCAGAAAUUCGCCGUUAUGUCAUCGCCAAGUGUCAAAGGGAAGACGUUCAUCCUCACAAAUCCCGGCAUGUUGGCCCAGAAGGGUGUUAUCAUCAAGAGCGUAGCUCCAGGGGGUAAUACGAUCUACCAGCAGAUUCCCAUUAGCAAUGUGUCUGGCUUGCAAAAUCUCACGGGCACAACAAUUCUCACGGGCUCACCAGCAGGAUUGAUAAAGACAUCGGAUCAGAGUCAACAAUCCACGGCGACACUCAAUCAACUUCCCGCUCUUGUACCCACACGCAGUAUCUCCCAGAGUAUCCCAUCCCUUACACCCGUUGUCAUUGCACCGCAGAGUCAGCAGCAAAAUAUCCCAGCACUCAUAACCAAUGUCCCGUCGUUGCAGCAACAGAAUACAAUUCAGAGUCCCCAGGGGACGAUUAUAAGGCCGGUGCUGGCGACAAAUGUUCAGGGGCUCAAUGUGCUCAAUCAGCAGGGGUACACGCUCAUUCAGCGUCCAGGUGGGCAGCCGACACUCAUUCAAACCAUCCCAGCAUCGCAGGCAACUGUGCAGCAGCAGCAGCAGCCACAGCAGCAACAGGCUCAAAUCCAAAGGAGUCCAGUGGUUCAGCAGCAGCAGCAGCCUAGGCAGGUGCAAUCGGCGCAACAACCCGUCCGGAAGGGACUCUCAUUAUCGAGUGAACACGUAAAUAAAGUUCAUGAGAUGUUUAGAGGUGCAAAUCGUGUGACGAGACUGGACAAAGCUCUCAUAUUGGGAUUCAUUUCUGGACAGAGGGAAAAUCCGCGACCAAAUCCCGACAAUGUUGUCACAAUAACACUCAACCAGGCGAAAGAAAAGGUAAAACAGGAAGAUGACACCGAUGCAGUAAUGCUGGUUGAAUCCUUCAUCCGCUUAGACUACAACACAAUGGAGUAUAAGACCUUCCAGAAAUAUAAGCGCCUAGAUCAACCGGGGACGCAUGACAAUCAAAAGGUAACACCAGCUAGUGGGGGUAAUGCACAGAAUUCAGUUGCUAUUUAAUGCUGCAUCUGGCGGAACUACAUGCAAAUUGGACUAAGCACGGGAACAAAAGAUAAGUUAAUUUUUUUUCAACAUCAGGAGAAGACAAAUUUGCGUUUUAUUUUUCUGUUAAAUUAAUUUCAACAACAAAACAUAAAAAAAAAACAAAUAAAAUAUAAAAU